AUGGCUGAAGUAUUUAACUUCAUGAUUGAUCCAGAUGAAGACAUUUCUCUGCAUGAAGCAGUCUUGAAAAGUGACUUCGAGAAAAUGGUUUUUCUGUUAAAUGAAAAGCCUUCAAGACUAAAUGAAACUAUGGGGGCAGUUGGUGUAACACCUCUUCGUUGUGCAGCAGCAGUGGGAAGUGCUGUAUGUGUUCAAGAGCUGCUGAGGCGAGGAGCAGAAGUAGAUGUUGUUGACAUUAAGGCACAAACACCCCUGUUUGUAGCAGUGUACAAUAGUCAUACAGAAGUGUGCAGACUGCUGUUAGAAGCUGGAGCUGACCCAGAUGGUAGCAGAGAGAAUCUCUCGUCCCCUCUCCAGAUUGCUUGUCAAAAUGGCUUCAGUGCUGGACUAAAGUUGCUGCUAGAAUACGGCGCAGCAUUAGAAGGGUACCCUGUACAUCCCUUACACAUUGCGGCGUCCCAUGACCACCUCGCGUGCUUCUUUCUGCUCCUCUUGUAUGGAAGUAGGACUGAUCUGGAGACUUACUCAUUUCGACACCGUUCUUUAGCCCACUCUAUCGUUGGGAGAAGGCUUCCUCCUAUAUACAUUUAUUUAUGGUUACUUUUUGGAGGGAAAGUCGACGACAGCAGUAGAAGUUUAAUGCAAGAAGUUGAAGACUAUAGAGCAUUGGUGGAAUUCAUAGGCCGACCACUUUCGUUGAAGAAUCAGUGCCGCAUAGCGAUCAGGAAGAGAAUGAAGUGCUGUAAUAUGCAGCACGUGUCUGCUCUUGGGAUACCUGAAGUACUGGCCGACUUUCUGCUAUAUAAAGAUAUUCCAAACGUUGCUGGUAUUCAUGACCACAUUUGUUGGCUAUAAGAACGUAUCGAUUUGAUUUUUUGUUGUUAUCAUGCGCUUAUGUAUAAGCUAUGUGCCUUGUUGAGAGAACAUGUUUCCUGUUUGUGAAAGCUCGUUUUCUUUAAUUUUGUAAAAAAGAGAACACAGUUUAUUUAAUACGACGGAUGCUUGAUGUUUGUAAUACAAAGUAGUCCACAUAUUAUAUAACUGGGAAGACAAGGACAUAAUAAAAAUGUCAGUUUAUAAUACUACUUCUUUGGAUAACUUUUUGU